CACAUUAUUGCGCACACUUGCCUCAGAAAAUAAUGUCAUAAAACCCGAAACUUCGUCUACACGGGUCUACAUAAGUUCUACAUGGUAGUUUUACUUCCGCGUUGUUACUGAGGUGGUGUGAAUCAUAUGCAAGUUUUCUAGCUCCUUCUGGCCGAAACACAGCAGUUAAUUCGAGCUUGACCUCGGAGAACGAUCAAGUCAAAAUUGAUUUGCUGACGACACCACAAAGUCAAGGUCAAGUGUUCUAGACCCAUUGGGCAGAUCAAUCAACCGAGAAUCCCUCUCGAUCCCUGAUGAGAUUGUCUUAAGAAACGAUCGAUUGCAGGGGGGCUGAACUUCACUCCGGAAGGGACACAGCAGCUUUCAUCUGAGCUGUGUAACUUCAUGUAUACAACAAUCUGUGCACAUUAUGAGAGAGUAACACCACUGCAAGACACAACCUGUCCGAAUUCAUCCAUCAAUGCAACCUGAUUGUUCCACAGUGUCACUCCUUUGAUCCAAGACGCACGUAUGUAUUCAUUUUGAAAAAGCUUUCUUAAAGGCAGUGGACACUAUUGAGUUGCUGCUGAACAGAGAAUGGCAGAGGGCGAAGACAAUGCUGAUUUCUCUGCAGCGGUCUUGGCCAUGAUCGGUGGAAAGAGAUCCUUCAAUAGGGCCAUCUCUUUAGCCUUCUCCCAAGCCGCUAAUGAUGCUUCCUCUGAUGGAGACUUUGGAGAAGAAUCUGUACAAGUCUCAGAUGGGGUAACAGAUAAAGACGAAAGUGAUGAUGAUGAUGAUGAUGAUGAUAGUGAUGAUGUUGAUGAUUCAGAUGAUUUAGAACAAUGUGAAACUGUCAGUGAAGAUAUUAGCAGUUGUAUUGAACACAAUGAUAUCAGUUCCUUUGCCAGCAGUAGUGACGACACCCCGCCAGCCCAAAGCCAUAAAAAGAAACGAAUGCAUCGUCAAAAUCAGCUGCUCCUCAAGAAACAGUUUCUCGGUACCUUUGACAACCUUUUUGAGGCUCAGUGUGCAAGCAUAGGAUUGGAAGUAGAACCAAAAGACAUGAAUGUGGUCUGUUCAGUGCCAACCUUAGUGGAGUUAUGUCUCCAGAAAGGCCUGAAAAAGACUGGUAUAUCUGAUGGUACUAAACCAACUCAAAUAGCCCCAGGUCUGAAGUUCCUCCUCAAAGCUCACAAAAAUCAACAAAGAUUAGAGCAGGUGCAUCUGAAAUGGUUAUUGGAAGCUUUGAAGCAGGCAGAACAUCAAUUGAAGUCAAAUGUUCAUCACUUCAUCAAGCAAAAUGGGCAAAAGAUUGACUAUUUUGUGCGAAGAGGCAGAGCAGUUAAUAAAACAGAUUACUCCUCACGCGAUGGCUUAACACAUAUAUAUUCAAGCAACGAAACAAAGGUUAUUCCCAUUGCAGUUGAAGGUUUUGAGAACAGAGAUUGGGCAGUGGCUGCAUUGGCACACUGUAUACAUCUUCUUCUGCCGUCUCAUAUACAUGAAGAAGACUCGAAAGAAGUGAAAACGGGUCUUUUGAAAGUUAGGCGGCUUCUAAGCAAUCACGUAUCUACACUUGUAAGCCAUUGUUUUGAUAUCGCCUUAGCGUAUGUCUGGUGGUCCCGAGGUAAGAUCGAUCAAGCCCUGAAGACGUUCCUGGACAUUGUAGAUCGAAUCCCAUCUGAUCAUGAAGCAAGAUUGCUUCCUGACAAAAAACAAACAAUCAUGUUUGGCUGUCAGAAAAGCCUGUAUCUGAAUGAGCUCGGUAGGAUGCUGUCGCAGUUUGACCAGCCUGACUCUUCCGUCCAGUUCUACCGCCAGGCAGUGGAUGUGUUUGAGGAAACUUCAGUAGUGUUUCUCGAUCAACAGGUGAUGCAGUCAUUUGUCCUCUGUGCUGCAGCGUAUGAUCACGGCCUCUUGGAUCAUUCUUGUGCUGUCAAAGCAGCUUCAUUCUGGGAACUUGUUACUGCUGAUCCAAGUUGCCCAGUGGAGUUAAUCCAAGCAUCUGUGGAGUCGUUCCUUCAUUGUCAUACUGGCUUUACAGAAUCAGAUAAGAGUGAUCAAGUACAGCACAAUCCCCACGUGAGAAACGAGACAUGGUUGUUGGAGGCAGGUUCACAAAUAGAGAAACUUGUGUCCCGAGCACCUCAGGUGUACCUUCAUUACUCUCUGAUCAUGUCCAUGUUAGGAGAGGAACGCAGAGCAAAGGCAGCCUAUUCUAGUUAUGUUGAGCAAUUUGUGAACUUGGAUGACUAUUAUCGAUCUAAAGGCACAGUAGUCGGAAGUGUUGCACUCGCAGGUUUUGAAGAGACAAAACCACAACCGUGGUGGACGCUUUUCAAAUGGAUGUCCACAAAAGCUACUCUGGCUGGUUCUUUUAUUCGGAGACCUAUCCCGGGGAUACCCCUUUUGUGGCGAAGAUCAAUUCAGCAUGCUGCUUACAGCUCAAAACCUAGAAAUGGUGUUACUGACGUAAAGGGAAAGGCACUGAACCUUCAUAUAACACAUGAUGGGUUUUUGAGUGGCACCAUGCUGCAGAAUAUUCCUCCCUUUAAGUCUGUCCUGCUUGACCCCCAAACAGGGAGCAUCUGUAUUCCAGACCAACACCGUCAAUCGAAAACACUUGACUGGGACAACUACAUUUUUGGCAGAAACUAUGCUACUGGUUUUUGUGUUGACGCCUUCCUCCCUUUUCCGAUCCUGCUAUUUCAGAACUCUCGGGAAGAUAUAACGGUUACGUUUUUGAAUGUAGGCACAACUGCAGAUUUUAGAAAUGAGAAAGUAGCGCCUGACUCGCAUGGGCAUCACUCAAGGCAUGCCAAUGUGUCUUCUACUGUGGUCUAUUCUAAAGGCAGGGACACUGUCAAAGUAAACCUGAGGGAGCUGGUAAUGAAGGAAAGAAAGGCAGCCAUUUUACAGCACAUUAAGGAGCAUUACGCUUGUGAAGAAGACCAAACAGUCAUCAAAGAUUGCACUGCUCUACUUGAUUACUGCAUAACCAGAGGGCUACAGAUAGAUUUUGCCUUUGUGGAAAGAGUCAUCUUCAAGAAGCUGAAGCGUGAUGAAGCCUUUAUGGAAGUUUUUAGGCAGAAAACAGCUGCCAGCCGCGGCACGAAGGAAUCUAAAUGUGGCCCGAGAAAGAAGAAAGGUCGACAGAUCAACCAGCCUCAACUUCAGGCACUAUCAUUGCAUGAUGUGUUUUAUGUUGGAAGAUCAACAGUAAUUUUGUCUCUGUUUACUGCUGCAGUAGGGCAUAAUUACAUAAAGGAGCAAGACACCCUUGUUUUCCUCGACUGCAGCUCUCCGGAGUCCAUUAGGCAUCCAGUCAUACAUUGUGCAAGUUUAACUGAUUCUGUGUGGCUGCUUCCACAACAGAAGACUUGCUGGCAGUCUAAAGACUUUAAACAGGAUGUAUUUUUCGCAUACAUCGACACCUACCAACCACGUGGCAAUACAACCAUACAAAUGAGAAUUCUUAAUGUGUUUGAUGAGUUUGGGAAUAUCACACAACGGAAGCACUUACAACAUCCUAGACGUCCGGUAAAUGCUUGGCAGGGUCCGUAUACUGGCUGCUUUGGGCAUCAUCUUAUUGGUAAAUGUACUUACUUGGGUAACACCACAUCAACCAUCAGGGUAUGGAACACACAAGGCUCUACUGAAAUAGUCAAAACUACCCCAGUAGUUGAAGACCUCAUUGUUACUCAAGAUGUGGUUUUUGUUGUCCAGGCUCCUAACAUUUUAGUCUUAGAUUCCAUCACCUUAGAGCCACUCCAUGUGCAGACCAGAAUCCAAGGCUGCGCUUCGGUCACAAACACAGAUGGAAUACUAGUAAGGGAUGAAUGGCGUUUCAUGACUGUCCUAGCAACCAGUGACUGCUUAAAAGUAUCACCUGAUGAUGGCAACAAGAAGAUUGCGUGCACUCGUGUCAUUCUGGGAGCGGCAAACCAUGUGUUAAUACUGGAGAAGAAGAAGGUCUCGUGUGAUUCAGGAUCGAACCCGCACCCAGUUGAUAUUGUCGCAGAUAUCCUGAUCCCUGGAAUCCCCAGGGAGGUGUAUUAUAUCAGUAAAGGAGCAGGGCUAGUUGUGGCUGCAUCUUUAUACGAAGACGUUUCCAAAGAUCCCUACUAUCGUGAAAACCUCUACUGGUUCAGUGUUAGUGGUGUUAUACAAGGCAUCCACCCGAUGCUUGGAAAAAGUCCCCAUUGUUUCUAUGCUGUUCCACUACAGACUAAGGAUGACACAACACCAGGAGAGGACGCAAGACGGGAGAAAUGUUGGCAUUUGUUCUUUGAUGAUGGACUCGGUGCCCUCUGCUGCAUUAAACUUGAAAGUGAUGAGGUAUUUUGAUGUCACAGAUGCACACUCACCCAUGUUUGUAUACGCCUGCAACCCAACCGUGGACCUCCCAUUGACCCUCUCUUGUUUAAACUUUUUUGCAACAGCUCCGAUUGGUUUUUUACACGUUUUCCAACUGUGGGCCUUUCCUGAACCUUGGACUCAAAAAUUGUCCUCUUUUGUGAUAGGUCCCUGGAUUGAAUGUGUAUACCUGCUCACACCCAUACCAGUUUGUUAACAUCAGAAACUUGGGACCUUCUUCUCCCUCUUUUGUUUGUUGACUAACACUUUUUCUUUUGUAUGUAUAUGCUUUCCAACUAAGGAUCUUUGUAGACGUCCGUCUUCACCCAACACCGGGGAAUCUGUUGUCCCUUGUGGUUGUACUUGUAUAUAGUCCCUGUAUCCUGAUGCUUCAUGUAGGCAGCAAAGGAGAGGUUCUCCAUGCCCCCCUGCUGGUCAAUGUCUUUGUGCCCCUAUAUCGAUCCAGUAGAUUGACAAUUUCCUCAUGUGGUGCUCAUUAACCGAGGAGAAAAUGCCUUGGUUCCCUUGCCCUUAAAGCCUUUUCGGAACAGAAAAAAAAAAAAAAAAGUUUUACAAAUAACAGAUU